CCAGUCCUGGACACGUCUGUUGCGCGCCGAGCGGCAGGGGGCGGACGCACCAGUUUGGAGGCAUCUGAGGCCCCUCAGACCCCAAACUGCAGGCUGGGAGGAGGUGAGAUCCACUGGGCAGGCUCUGACCUUCCCGGGCAGCAGCGGCUUCGUCCCCGCGCCAGGAUUCUUCCUUAGCCCCGCGGCCCAGAUGCAGCCCCAGGAGAGCAGCGUCCAGUACAGCCGGUGGGAAGACGGCGGCAGCCGGGAUGGAGUCAGCGUGGCCAGCGGGCCCGGCGCGGAGGAGGCCUCGGGCUGGGCGAGGGUCUCCCGGAAGCUGUGCUCCGGCAAGCUGGGCAUCUCCUUGAAGGUGCUGGGCGGAGUGGCCCUCUUCUGGGCCGUGUUUAUCCUGGGCUACAUCACCGGCUACUACGUGCACAAGUGCAAAUAAGCACUGCUCAGCACGCGCCCGGCCCGGCUCCGAGGGACGCGAGAGGCCCUCUGUGUGCACGGAGCCCCAUCUGCGCAGACCUCGUGUACACGCCGUCCCCCGUGUACACAGACCCCUCUCCCUGUUCACAGCCCUGCCUUGUACACAGACCCCCCCACCCUGCAUCCAAGGCUCCAGGGGCACCUGGGACACCAGCUGGCACAGUAUCACAGGCACCUACAGUCUUACAACCAAACAGGGACACGGGUACACAAGGACACGCGGACACACAUACACACCUGGCACCUACCACCACCCAGGGGCACCCGUGGCUGGGAGACGGGGCCCAGCCUGGGUGGGGCUACAGGACACACCCCCGUUGUACAAGGAUGGCUCUGAGGGGGCUGCGUGUCCCUCUGUCCAUCCGCCCUCCCCGGGGCCUGAGUUCUUCCUGACCAAAAUGGGGAGGGUCUCUACCCCACCCCCGCUGCAUCUUCCCUCCAGGAUCCAGGAAGGUGGGCAUAUUCCCUGGGGCUGCCCACCUGGCAGGGUGGGCCCUGUGGGCGCCCAGCCCCUCUACCCACACCCCGCAGGAGGACCAGACCCAGUCAUUAAAUGGCUGUUGAACUUAAA